AGUCGGCUCACUGUGGAGCUGUGUCGGGCAGCAGGAGGAGCACACACCGACAGAAAAGAGACGUUCAAAGAAAGACAUGACCGUCGCACAAAUGCACACAUUUGGGCUUUGAAUUGCACCGGAGCAAACGGACUAAUAAUGUACCUGAACACUUCGCUUUCAACGUGGACAUAAAGGGUGUCGACUACGGAAACAGCAACCCCCACAAAACAGCAGGAGGACCAGGGAAGAGGGAAAGAGCCAGGCUUUAGUAUGUUAUUGGAGAGAUUGACUUGGCGCUGGCAGUCCCCUCCAUGUUAAUGUAAUGGAAACACGCUUUGGUCACCCUCGGUAGCAUCUGAAAUGCAUCAGCGGAAAUAUAUCAGCAGCUCCCAUGGCUAAUUGUAUCAAACGGCGGUGGCUCGAGUUUGCCAGUGGAUGCACUCAAGAGCCGGGUGCCCUGCCAUGCCCAGCGCCAUGCUAAAGCAACACACUCAUAAUAACAAGGAGCACUCAGUUCAACCAGUGGGAAAGCUGUGGAAAAAGUUGGUGGAAAAUCUAUGGUUUGAGCCUCAAUUUUGAUUUCCUUUUUUUAUUUUGACCUAGAUAUUCUGUCAGUAUAGCUCGGCUGCUUUCCCUGCCAUCUGCAGCAGCUUCCUUUAAACCCAAGUUCUCUCUGGCUUGUUGUUAACAUCAACACCGAGGACGGGUAGACUGCGACCUGCUUUCCGAGAGGCACUUUUCCAGUCAGCAAAAUGGAUGUUCGAAUUUACUCCCGACCUCUGCUGGAGUUGAACAUGUGAGGGUCAGAAUGAAGGGACCCCUAUGAAGACGAGGAUUAGGAGGAAAAGCAGCACUAGAUCAAAAUGGCCCAAACCAGUUUGCUGCAGGGGAAACGCUUUUACUGCCGGGAGUGGGUCUUCCAUAAGAUCCAGCAUUGCCUCCAGGAGAAAACCAACAACCUAAUUGGAGUGACCAGCAGCACUCCAUGCAAGCAGCCCCCGGUGACGCCCGGCGUGGGGGCGUCCAACCCCAGCACCCUGACGGCAGGAUCCACAAAGUCAGGUAGCUCCUGGGGGGUGUUGCUGGUGGGGGGCCCGGGAAGCGGGAAAACGGCACUCGGCACGGAGCUGUUGUGGCCCUCGUCCACGCAGGGCACCCAGCGGGGGAUGCAGCAGCAGACUCUGGCCUUCCACUUCUGCCGGGCGGACGACUCGGACACGCUGUGCGUCGGCGGGUUCAUCCGAGGUCUGGUGGCUCAGAUCUGCCGCAGCGGGGUGCUGCCGGGGUUCGAGGAGAAGGUGCGCGACCCAGCUGUGCAGAGCACUCUGCAGCCCGGGGAGUGUGAGAGGAACCCCACGGAGGCUUUCAAGAGGUAA